AUGGCUCCACCACCCAAACCCAACGCCGCCCGCGCCAAAAACCCAAUCCACCACGAACGCCACAUCCGCGUCAUCGCCGUCGGGGCGGGCGCCUCAGGACUAGUCCUCGCGUACAAGCUGCAGCGGUCCUUCCGCAACUACAGCCUCACCAUCUACGAAAAGAACGCCGACGUCGCGGGCACCUGGCACGAGAACCGCUACCCGGGCUGCGCGUGCGACGUGCCCGCGCACUCCUACUCGUACUCGUUCUGGCCGUAUCAGAAACCGGACGUCGCGCCGACGCACGUGUACGCGAGCAGUGCGCAGAUCAAGGCGUAUUUCAAGGGCUUCGCGGACGCGUUCGGGUUGGAGAAGUACGUGAGGUUGCGGACGGCGGUGGUUGGGGCGAGGUGGGUGGAUGAUGGGGUUAAGGAAGGUGGGAAGGUGGGGUGGGAGGUGGAGUGGCGGAAUGAGGGGACGGGGGAGACGGGGAGGGAUGAGUGCGAUGUUUUGGUUGAUGCGACGGGGUUUUUGAAUGAGUGGGAGUGGCCGAAAGUUCAGGGCUUGGAGAAGUUUGAGGGGAGGUUGAUUCAUACGGCGGAUUGGCCGGAGGACUUUGACUUUCGCGGGAAGGAUGUUGGGUUGAUUGGGAAUGGGUCCUCGGCCAUCCAGGUUCUGCCGGCUAUACAACCACACGUCAAGAGCCUGACGACAUUCAUCCGAUCUCCCACCUACAUUGCACCACCAAUGGGCACUUCGGAUCAGAGGGAGUACACCGAGGAAGAGAAACAGGCAUUCAAAAAUCAGCCAGGAGCCCUACUGAAACACAGGAAAGAAAUGGAAGAUGGAUUGAACAAAUACUUCGCUGUCUUUAAGAAAGACUCCGCCGAGCAAGCCACCUUCCAUGCCGCUAUCACCAACUUGAUGCGCACCAGACUCACCUCACGCCCAGACCUCAUAUCCGCACUGAUCCCCAGCUGGAGCGUCGGCUGCCGACGCUUCACGCCCGGCCCAGGCUACCUCGAGGCCCUCCAAGCGCCCAACGUCCGCGCCAUCCUCCCACCCUCCCCCUCCAACCCCACCAGCAGCGGCGACGUCGUCAGCAUCACGGCGACGCACGUCACCACCGCCGACGGCGCGCAGCACGGGCCGUUCGACGCGCUCAUCUGCGCCACGGGCUUCAACACGUCGUUCCGGCCGCGCUACUCGGUGCUCAACACGGUGACGAACCGCAACCUGCAGGACGAAUGGGGCGUGAACGACGACGCGCGCGGCUACAUGGCCGUCGCGGCCGCGGGCUUCCCCAACUACCUGUCCGUCUUCGGGCCCUCGAGCCCGACGGGCAACGGCGCGAUACUGUCGGCGCUCGAGGCGCAGGUCGACUACAUCCUCGCGUUCCUCGACCGCUUCCAGACCGAGAACAUCAGGUCCUUCGCGCCGAAGCAGCAGGCUGUUGACGACUUUAAUGAUCAUGUCGACGCGUUCAUGGCGCGCAUGGUGUGGAGUGAGGACUGUCGAAGCUGGUAUAAGAACCACUCGGUGUCCGGCCGCGUCACAGGGUUGUGGCCUGGCAGCAUGCUGCAUUUCAGAGAGGCAAUUAAGGAGCCGCGGUGGGAUGAUUGGGAGAUUGUGUAUGACGGGAAUAGGUUUGCGUGGCUGGGGAACGGGUUCAGUCAGACAGAGGUGGAUCCGGAAGGCGAUGUGAGCUGGUAUAUCAGCGAGAAGGAUGAUAGCGAGUUUGCGAGUAGGCGGUUGCGGAGGCAGGCGUUGACCGGGAAGAAGAAGGAGCCAGAGUUGGUGAAGGCAAAAUUGUAG